AUGAUCAAAACGAUGGGUGAGACUGAAGAGAUACUGCUGGCUUCUCGCCACAUCGAGGCGUUUUUGAAGGAGGACCUCUCGUUCGCUCGACUCGACGUCGCAUACAAGUACCUCUGGUGGGCGGGGCGGCAGUUUCCUGCUCGUCCGCUGCAUCGCCAGGUUCACGAGCUCGGCAGGGCAAUCGCCCUCACCUGCCGCGCCGAUUUGCACCUCGUUUGGUGUCCUCGGACAAGGCGAAUUUUCGUCAAACCUCUACCGGCUUAUCUGCUCUCGCACCACUGCUGGGCUAGCCAUGUAAGCAUAUGCAAGGACCUCGAUAUGAGCGCGCGCGGUUUCCUGCUCUCGUAUAUCUGGCUCAUCCGAAACGAGCACGACUGGGCUGUGGCGCACGACGCCCGCCUAAUUCCAGCCGACGUGACCUGGGCGGGCUGGCGGAGAUUCGUCGAGUCCGUCAUCGGAAGCGGCGGACUGAGUGUCAAUGGACUGGCCGGCGUUCACAGGCGGUUUCAUUACGGCGAGCUGAGAGUCAACCGCCUGGACCACAUCUAUCGGUUCGCCCGUCUGUCCUGUGGGCGGCAACUCCUUCGAGGCUACAGCGGACUGCUGCCACCAAGUUACGGCGACUUCUUUCGGAAACGUUUUCGUUGGAUUAUCAUUGUCUAUGCUUUCUGUAACAUUGUAUUAUCCGCUUUGCAGGUCGGGCUCACAACCGACUUUCUAGGUUCCUCUCAGCAGCUUCAAGAUGUUUCAAGCGGAGUCGUGCUCUUGACUCUUUUUGUUUCGGGCGUUACGGCCGUCGUUUUUCUCUUUCUAUACAUUGGCCUGUUCGUGUUCUUUCUGGCAAAAGCGUUGAUGAAUACGGCUGCGAGAGAGCACAAGAGGAGGAUAUGGGCAAGCGAAACUGGCAGGUGA